CUUUCUCUAUCACUCGUUUCUUGUCAGGAAGCCGUCUAUCCGCCAUGUCGGCCUCAUCGGAAACCCUCGAGAGCCUCCUCGCCAUGGGCAUCGAGCCUGUCCUCGCAAGGGAGGCAGCGUCCAGGUUUCAUACUGCCGACGCCGCUGUCAACUGGUGUUUUGGAGAUGGCGCAGAUUGGAAGCCAGAGGCGGCCAGAGAGCCUACCCCGGGGUAUAGCACGUCGUUCAAUCCCCGGCAUAGCGAAGGCACCUCCAUCCAACACCGAGAAGUAGUCGAAGUCGCCGACUCCCCCGCCGCAUCCCCCAAACCAUCUCGAUCCCAAUUCGCAUCCAACAACCCCUUCCGGACAUCCCCUUCCGUCCCCGCCCGACCGACGACGUCGACGACGUUAGCUGCGCCAGGCUCGUCUGCGCAUGAAGCGAUAUCGGUGGACGAUGAGGAUGAGGAACUGAAGAAGGCUAUUGCGCUGUCGCAGGGACAGGGGCAGGAGCAAGAAGGGAGGGGGAGGGCGGAUGGGGGGCCGCCGCCGCCGAGUCCGAGUGGGGUGGGCGAUGGGCCGGAUAUCACGUCGCUGUUUGGGCCGAGCACUAAGGAGAAUAAUGGGAAUAUGUCGCUGGUACCGUCAGGUCAGAAUGACCAUGGGCGAUCAAAGGAAGACGCCGAGAUGGACAAGGCGAUUAUGGAUUCGUUGAUGACUGCUAGCUUCCAUUCUGCUUCGGCACAGCAAGAGAAGGAUAAACCUGUUCCCAAGCAGCGACAGGAAGGAGCUCCGGUGGUGUUUUACUCUGAAUCAGGCAAAUAUACCCCACUUGCGCAUAUCCUUCAGGCAUACGGCGCCAUCCGAGAACUGCGUGAGAUCUAUCAUCGUGUUGCCCUUCCGACAUCAGACAGUGUAGUCGAGCCGAGGAUAGAGUCACUGGCUGGUCUUUUCGACAAGAACGACCUUGAUGCUCAGAGCUUUACGGACGCGGACGGAGUCAUCAAGUCUGCUACGGACGGAGCUUCAAUUACGCUCUUACCGCCACUUGGUUCUGCGCUGGAGUUUCACGAAAUGAUGGCAGAUGAAUUCAGUUUGCAUAUCAAAGUCAAGACGGAGGAGAGUACGGGCGAGGAGAAGGAGUUGUAUAGGCAAUACUCAAGAGCGUUUGAAACCACCCUCACCUCCGCCCAAACAUCCCAAGCGUCAUACGUCCAACUCCGAAAAGGGCCCGCCGGGUACGACAUCUACACCCAACUCGGCAACCUCUUCUGGCCCCCCUCUUCUUCUUCUUCCGAAGAUGUGGGUCUGAGCAUAAUCGAACCCGCCGACAUCCUCUUUGUCGGCCUCGGCUAUGCCGCCGAGGCCAAGAUGGGGGAACUGUGGAAGCUGGAUAAGGAGGUUGUGCUGGAUAGGUUUUUGGAGAGGAAUAAGCUUUGGGCGGCGAAUAGGCGGGGGCUGCAGGGUGUUGCGGAGGGGGAUUUGAGGAGGGGGGAGGAGAAGAUGGAGAAGCUUUUGAAGCAUGAGGGAAAUGAUACGCUGGAGAGUCUUGGUAGACUGCUGAAGCAUCUUGAUACGACGAUCACUUCUUCAAAGUCUUCUCGCGCCCAGUCUCAACAGAUACUGCGUGAUAAGGUCUCGACCGUGCACGAAGCUCUCAAGGCGCGGAAAGAAUCACUGGAAGUGGAGUUGGAAGGGCAUAGGAAGGCGGCUUCGGCGGGUGCGUUCGAUACAGAUGAUCCCGAGUAUCUGCAGCAUGUCUACGACCUCAAAGCAAUACUGUUCCACGACGGCGCUUUGGUGGGCAACGACCACCUUUACGUAUACGUCAAAGGCGACGAUGGGCGGUGGUGGAAGAUCAAGGAGCAUGAGUGUACCGAGGUUUCGUGGGAGGCGAUUAGGGACGAUCGGACGGGGAUUUGGAUGGAGGGUGGGCCUUAUGCUUUAGUGUAUGUUAGGACGAGUCCUCGGCCGCUUUCGCCAUCGUCUUCAUCGGCAGCCAACGAUACUACUACGUCUACUCAACUGCAUUCGACGCUCCAGGUUGAUAUCUCUAGCGGAAACAGCUCGACCGACAGUCUUGGGCUGUCCCUCGGUGAAUCAGCACCAACCCCGUCCGCCCUGUCGGAAGGUGGGAAAGAAGAGGAAGAGGAGCAGCUUAUCGACUUUGGUGAUGACACAUCACCGGUAGAGGGGAAGGGAGACGAGAAGGGCGGGAAUGAGGAUUUGGUGGACAUUGUCAUGGGCGAAGAGGGGGACGGUUCCAAUCUCGGGAAAGGAGGGAAGGGGACGCUUUGGGAAGGAGCAGGGGAGAAUGAUGAGGAGGAGGUGGGAAGGAAAGAGGAGAAGAGUGCGGGAGCGGAGGCAGCUGAUGAGGACACUUUGAUGUCGUAG